AGAGAGGAAAACAGAUUAGGAAAUCCUUGUUUCCAAGGAAGAUAACUUUCCAACGAAGGACAAUCCAGAUACUUAAGUUCCUAGAAUUCAUAACAAGCAUGGCUGAGUCCUGGCUGGCAUUUCUGGUAGCUGCACCUCGAAUCAUUUGAAGGACAUCGUUUCAGGACAGGUCUGCUGCUCACAUAGUGAUCCGAUCAUCACUUUGAAAAACCGUUUUAUAACCAUAAGUUCUAUAUGAAAAAGUAUUCAUGCUGUUACUUGUAUUCAGAGAGGAUUUUAAAACACUGGAUUGAAGCAUUAAUUAAAAUAGCUGACAUUUAUGACUGAUGCACUUGUUUUGUUUUGGUAGAAAGCAAUUAAACUGCAAUGGGACUAGACUAUAGCCCUCCUGAAAACAGCAGCAACUGCACCAAAGACAGCAAGAUGAAUCAAGUUCUCUUUCCUUUGUUAUAUACUAUUAUCUUCUUUAUUGGUAUAAUCAUGAAUGGCUUGGCCAUGGGAGUUUUUUUCCAGAUCCCCAGCAAAUCGAAUUUCAUUGUCUUUCUCAAGAACAUAGUGAUUUCUGACAUUCUGAUGGUAUUAACCUUUCCAUUCAAAAUUCUCAGUGAUGCAAAACUGACUUCCUGGAAAUUGAGAGGGUUUGUUUGCAAGGUGACCCAGGUCACAUUUUACUUCACCAUGUACAUCAGCAUUAUUUUUUUUGGACUUAUAACAAUUGAUCGAUAUUUGAAGACUAUCAAACCUUUCAAAUCAUCAAGAAUUAACAAAGCAUCAGGAGCCAAGAUUUUGUCUGUAAUUAUCUGGGUUUUCAUGUUUUCUGUUUCCCUCCCAAACAUGAUUUUGACAGACAAGAAGCCAACAUAUGAGAAUGUGAAGAAAUGUGCUGACCUAAAAUCUUCCUUUGGACUACUAUGGCAUGAAAUUGUUACAUAUAUUUGCCAGUUUAUUUUCUGGAUUAAUUUUGUUGUCAUAGUUGUAUGCUACAUACUCAUUAGCCAGGAACUGUACAAGUCCUACAAAAGAACAAGACGUUUGGGAAAGGCAAACAAGAAGACUGUGAAUAUCAAGAUUUUCAUAAUUAUUGGUGUGUUUUUUGUCUGCUUUGUUCCUUUCCAUUUUGCUAGAAUUCCUUAUACUCUGAGCCAAACCAGAGAUGGUUUUCUGUGUUCAACCCAGAAUAUUUUGUUUUACAUAAAAGAGACCACUUUGUGGUUGACUUCCUUGAAUGCAUGCUUAGACCCAUUCAUUUAUUUUGCCCUCUGCAAAUCAUUUAGAAAGUCUCUUUUAAAUAAUUUGUACAAAUGUUUAAGGAAAACAAGAGAGGUUCAUAGUAAAGAAACUACAGAUGAGGAGACACCAAUGUAGAUAAACAAGAAAUCCAGCCAAAUAUAGUUUGUAUCACUCUGAGGCAAGUUAUAUUUUCUAUUAGAAAUUCGUCAUUCUUGGUUUUAGAUAAAUCAGGAAUCACACAUAGCCCAUGAUACCAACAACCAACUACAGAAUUAUCACUGCUACAUUUUCUUUUAAUAUCACAGCUACAAAGAUUGAUUCACACUAAGAAAAAAUUAACUGGACAGUAACAAAAAUUCUGAAAAAGGCUCUUUAGAGGAAGGCAGGGAGCACUAAGUAUACAAAAAAAAUAAAAGACUAUUAAGAAGUCCAGUAAUAGUGAUAAGUAGACAUCACUCAGAAAUCCUAUAGAUUUAGAAAGAAAAAGGUGUUUCAAAAUCUUCAACCCAGAAAUUGCUAUUAGUAAUUUUACAUCUUUUUAAGGUCUAGUUCCCAGACACUCUAAUAAUCAAUACCUUCAACUCCCUUUACCUUCAGAAAGACAAAACUAUUUAUGCAUCAAUAAAUUUAUGCAUCAAUUUUUUUUCAAAGAACCUUGGGGCCCUUGUUUCUGGAAUAAUUGGAAGUCUGCCUUUCUUGGAUUACUUAUGUAAACUUUACCAAGCAAUAUAUAACUUGGAAGUUUGUUUAAUUAACAAAACUAAACAAUGCUGGCAGUUAUUCAUCACAAAUAAUUUUCCCCCAGAUUGUGGAAAAGAAGCACCUAGUUUUGUUUAUAACAAUCUACUACCACAAGUAUUUAAGAACACAGAAUAAGCAUUACUAUAAGCAUUACUUUAUAAUAUUAUGUUAUAAGGCCAUACCAUUGUUUUUUACAUUAGAAUAAGAUUUUAUUUGCUGAAUAUUGUUGUCUGAUUAUGAACUGUACCAUCAAAUUGAUGAUAUUUAGUGACCACGUAGAUUUUUUUCCAGGAUUUUGUAUCAA